AUAUCGCCCAGCCCUAAAACUUGUAUGUUUUUAAACACUGACAUAAACUAUACAAUUAUGCAGAAUAUAAGAUGAUAAAUAUUUAAUUGAUUAGUUGUCAAUACAAUAACAAUACAAGAUGUGUGUUUAUCACGGCAUUCACGCCAAAAACCAAUGCAGCCACUCAGUCUUUUUGCCACUCAGUGGGCGUUACCACAGUUUUCCACCCCUGUUCUAUAGUGUAGGGGGCAGGACGCUUUAGAUUCUAGAGAGCAUUUAAUUGGACAGAAAAUCUGAUGAGAAGCUGGUACUCAGUAAUGUCAUCAAAAUCAUUGAUCCAUAUUGUCAGAAGUGAGAAACUGUAAGUUUUGAAUGCUUAUAUCUUCUAAAUGUGCAUUUUGUCAUUGUUUGGAAGCACAGUAUCUUAUAGAUAACAAUAAGGCUAACCUAUUCAUACUAAGAGCAAAAAAAAAAAAAAUUAAGAAAUUAAAAAAUGUAAGAAUAUGCGGCCCCUUUAAGAAGAUGACACCGCGCGCACUGAGCAUGCGCGGAAGAGAGGACGGACGAGAGGAGCGCUGAAUAUUUCACCAGUUGAAGUGGAAAGCGGCGCUGAUAACGAUCAUAAAAGAAGGACAAAUGUGGAAUAUUUUCGGGAUGCCGAAUAUUUUCCAGUCUGCAUAUCUGGUGUCUCCCACAACAAUUCACCAAUAAAUACUGGGAAUAUUCACAUCAUCCUACAAGAGAAGGACAAACUCCAGGUGUAGCAGCUGAAAUCUGUGUGACUGUUAAAGAUGGAGUUUAUUAAAGAGGAGAUUGAAGACAUGAGUGAUCCAGAACCAUCCAGGAUAAAACAUGAAGAUACUGAGGAACAAAUAGAUCAGAUGGAAGUGAAGGAGCAAAGACACAAACUAAAUGAUACAAAGAAACACUGCGACUUCAAAACUCAAGAAACAAAAGACAAAAAGCUGCACACCUGCUCACAGUGUGGAAAGAGUUUCCAAAAUAAAGGAAUCCUUAACAGACACAUAAGAAUUCACACUGGAGAGAAACCGUAUACAUGUACUCAGUGCGGAAAGAGUUUUUCUCAAGCAUCAGGUCUCAGACAUCAUCUGCUCCGUCACUCUGGAGAAAAAACUUUUAAUUGUGAUCAGUGUGGUAAAGAUUUUAUUUUGUCAUCAGAUCUAAAACAACACUUGAAAGUUCAUUCAGAUGAGAGGCCUUAUGUGUGUUCUUUCUGUGGAAAGAGUUUUUCAAGGAUGAACAGUUUUAAACUGCACCAGAAAACACAUAAUGAAGUGAAAGAUCAUGUGUGCUUUAAAUGUGGGAAGAGCUUUCUUACAGCUGGCGAUCUGAAACGGCACCAAAGAAUUCAUUCUGGAGAAAGACCUUACAAGUGCUCAUAUUGUGACAAGAGUUUCACUCAGUCAGGAUCACUGAAAUCACACGAGCGAGCUCAUACUGGAGAGAAGCCGUAUCACUGUACUCAGUGUGAGAAGAGUUUCAAACAUUCAUCAAGCCUUCACACUCAUAUGAAAAAAUGUUGCAAGUGAGCAAUAUUAGUUUUUUUUAUUUCAAAUACAUUCAAGUAAAUUCUCUGAGAUAAAAUAUGGAGUUUAUACUAAAAGUACAGUAUCAUCUAAUUUUGGUCAAAAGCUCAGAAAACUAGAAAUAUUUGAGAAUUGAAGCUUCACCAAUCAACAACUCUUACAGUGUAAAUAAACUCAUUGUAACUUUUUCUUUCAGCAUGGAUUGUGUGCUAAGCAGGUCUCGCUUGAAUUAGAUGUAGUCAAUUCAUUUACUUAUUUACUAAGUGUAUUUAUAUUGUGUUCUGAUGCAGUACAUGCAAUUAUGAGAAAUAAAACAGAAACAACA